UGUGAAUGUAAAGCACUUGGGAAAUAUCUGAAAGAACCACACAAGGUACUGGGAGAGUGGGACAGCUUUCCAUGUCCCAUGUGAUUGGAGUUCUGAAGGGUGCACACACCACGAACUAGUGGACCUCUGCUACCAUCUUCCGGCUAAGGAGGGGAUUGCAGGCGUCAUACUCCUCUUUACCAAUGAAGCGUCUGGGCGUGUGGACGUCAUCUGGGCGGGCGGUGGCGCAUGCGCAGGAGAAGGAGGUGCGCGAGCUGCGUGGGCUUGUGCCUAGGCGCUUGUGUUUCGGGGCCUUGUGGUGGCACCGGGGGAGCCGGGCUGGCGACUUUGGCACUCUUGGCGUUGGGUGGGCGGCACCUUGGGGGUCACAUGAGCCAGUGGCAUCAUGCCCGUGGGCGCUGGGGUCAGCGUCGUGGCUUUUCCGGACGUUCGUCGGCCAGGAGGAAGGGCGGAAAGCACAUCCCGGAAAGAGAUUUGACAAGAAUCUUGCUCCAGAAGAAUGUUUCUCCCCCUUGGAUCUUUUUUAACAAACUCCAAGAACACAACGAAGAACUUGGGCUGAUUAUUGACUUAACAUAUACCCGCCGCUAUUAUAAGCCAGAGGACUUAGCAGAAACCAUUCCUUAUUUAAAAAUUUGUACAAUUGGGCAUCAGGUGCCAGAUGACGACACUAGUUUUAACUUCCAGUGCGCUGUUAAUGGGUUUCUGAAAGAAAGUAAAGAUAAUGGUGGAAAGACUAUCUCCCAGUUGAAUAGCAGAUGCCUGGGACCCGUUUCAUUGCUGUCAAAGUUCCUUCAAAACAGGUGCAAAGUAACGUGAGGAAACCGUUGUAAUGUAGCAUUGCCAGUGGAAUUUUAGCCUUAUUCAAAGAGACCGAAGAGUUUCCAAAGCCGAUUCAACCUAAUGUGUGAAGAUUCUGAGAUGUAGCAUGCAUCAGACUCCCCCAUGGCCUUCGGAGAGCAGCUCGUAGGAUACACAUUUUACACAUCCUUCACUGUCAGCGAUGCUACCGUGCUCACUGAGGUGAGUGCAGGUUUCAAGUGCCUCUUGUUAAUAUGCCUGGUUGUGCCCUUAAGGGUGCCCGGCGCACUUGACUUCCAUUAGAUCAUCCACCUAAGGAGAGGGCUCGGCACGUAGAAUUCCCUGCAGUCCCCAGGAAGCAAGCCCUACUCUCUGUGUAAGAGAGACAGGUCUCCCCAGGUAACACUAAAGACUCAGCCUUUCAAAUGAUUCCACCAGUGGUCACCGUUCCCAAUGAAAGCUGCCCUCAGCAAAACUCUGAGCAACGCCAGGGCUCCACAGAGAGUGGCAAUUUCUCCUUCUGUAACAUUACCUUUUUCUCACCCACCAGGAAGCAAGGCCCCUCCCAUGGCAUUGCAAACAGGCUUUCUGCCUCAGGAAGAAAAGUCCUUCUCCUUGGCAGCUGGAAUGCUUUUUCCUGUCAUUCUCAGUUAAAUUCCACAGGGAGGAGGGUGUUCAGCUUAAGCUAUAAAACCAGCAGCGACCAAAGCCCUAUACCUGAAGCUCUCCUUGCUUGAGGCCAAGCACAAAGUCCCUCUCCACUGAGGUCGUUGUCUUCUCAACCAUCCUCCUUCUGGCUAGGAAAUCUCACAUAUAUUUUACCAGUUGGAUACCAGCCUUUCAUGCAAACUAAAGGAAUUCGCCUCUACUCACCCUAGGAAAGUAAACUGAGCGCUUCUCGUCUUUCGGCUGAAGGCGAAGUGUAUUUCAGAGCUCUGCAACUUUUCACCCACCCACCCAGCUUCCUCUGGUGGGGACUCCAUGACAGAGACAGUACACCGUGAGCGAAAUCCUGUUCGUCUCCACGUGACAGGACAACAAUGUUUACUGCUCCAGAAACGGGCCUUUUUACAUAGAGGAAACACUGUCUAGCAAACUCAGGCUUGCACCUCCUACCUGAAGGCAGCUAUAAACUAACAAGAGGAGACCGUCGUAGUGCCGGCUUGCCGGGCGAAUAGUAGCCUGUGUUAUUGUGACUGAGGAGUCUUACAUGCCGAAUCAAUACAGUGUGUGAAAUUUCUAAAAGCGAGCACACCUCCGAAUCACCCAUGACCUAAGGAGAGCAGUUCGCAGGAUACAAAUUUCACAGUGCGGUUGCUUCUACCGGGUACACGGAGAUGAGUGCAGUUUUCAAGUGGCUCUUCACAUCUUGCUUGGACUGUCGAGUUAACAGAGCUCCCCAGGUACUUGACUUCCACAUGUUCAUCCCCCAAAGGACAGAGUGCUGCUCCCUAGACUUUCUCUGCAAUAGAGUGUAUGCAAGCUGGAAUUGUAGCCUUAUUCCAAAGUGACCCAAGAGUUUCAAAAGCCAAAUCGAUACAAUGUGUGAAAUUCCUGAAAUCUCGCUUGCAUCAGACCCACCCUUGGCCUCCGGAGUGCAGUUCGUAGGAUACUCAUUUCACAGUCUUCACUCUAGACGCUUCUACCUUUUACACUGGGACGAGUGCUGCUUCUUAUCUUGCCUCGUUGUCCCUUUAACAGUGCUCCCCUUGCACUUGAUCCUCCAACUAAGGCGAUGGCUCUGCCCCUAGACUUUCCCUGAAGUAUCCAGUAAGCAAGUCCUACUCUCCGUGUACGAGAGACAGGUCUAACCAGGCAACAUUAAACUUGGCCCUUGCAAAUGCUUCCACCAAACGGUCAACGUUCACAAUGAAAUCUACCCUCGGCAGAACUCCUCUGAGCAUCACCAGGAUUCCACGAACAGUGUGAAUUUCUCCUUUUGUAAUAUUAUCUUUUUCUCAGCCAUCUGGAAGAGAAGGCCCUUCAUAUAGCGUUGAAGAAAGAGUUUCUGCUUCAGAAAGGAAGGUACUUCUUUGUGGCAGGUUGAAGGUUUUUCCCUACCAUUCUCAGUUAAAUACCACCGGGAGGAGCGUCUUCAGGUUAGGCCCUAGAAGCAGCAGCGACCAAAGCCCUAUGCUUGCAGCUUUCCUAGCGUGAUCCAAGCACGAUAGUCCAUCUCCACAGAGAAAAAGUACAUCAUGCCUGAAAUUCCUUUCCUCUCGCUUUCAGAAGACACAUAGGAUUACUGCACAGAACACAAGCCUGUUUAGGCAGUGGAAGUGCUUUCUCUCCAAG